ACCGUCGAUUCAGUGGGUCCUCAACCUUCAGGUUAAACGCGUCGGAGCCGUAGUCGCGCGCGUAGUACGUCAAACGCGGAAACGAUGCCGAGAGUGACAGCUCAAUGAACGCAUUUUUUACGUGCCCACUACUACUAAUUACGAAACAGCGUGAGUGAUGGUUUUCUUUCUAAAAGCAAAAGUCAAGGUGUAGUACGAGAUGAGGAGGAAACCAGAGCAUCCGGAAUUAGACGUUCCCUAACAAAUGCAGCGAUGCCACAAAAAAUAGCGGAACUGCAGGCGAAACUUCAGCAAAGCGGCGAUACCGACUGGCGAAAACGCAUACCUAAACUUAACAACGCCAACGAAGAACUUAGUCUGCUCAACGUGAAAAACAUCUACAAUGAGGAACUCACGGAGAAGACGUCGAUUUUGGCGGCGAGGAAGGACGAGUUGGACGCGGCGUCAAAGCAAUGGAAAAAUCGCGUAGAGCAGUCCGAUGCUGUUAAUUUCUCCGUUGCUGGACGCAUGCAACAGGAGAAUCACUCACCCGCCAUUCCCAUCAACAUAUCGGCGCUGAUUAAAACCAAGCGAACACCUGUGGCGAAGACGUUCAAAGGAAAAGAGAGUGGUGAUGUCACCAACGACUGUACUUCUCUACCGUCAUCUCCAGAAAAGAAUGAUUCCUCCACAGUCAAACGAAGCAUCUCCCUGCCAGGUUCUAGAGAUACAGAUUCAGGCGCGCAAGAAGUAUCGGUUACGUCGAGCCGAAGAGUACAAGUUGAAAGACCCGACAAUAUUACAUUUACGAGUUUCUUCGAGAGCUUAGAUUCGAAGAGGACCUGGAUCAUACCUGACAUCUCAGUGGACGAUUUCGAUGUGGUCGCGAGGCAGUCCGGAGAUCUUCUUGGUCAAAAGCGAACGGUGCGAGUUCAAAGACGAAGGGAGGCCACGAAAAAUCCUCUUAAGGCGCUUGCUGCUCGCCCCGACAUUUCGUACGAGUACACGGAGGUGAAAACUGGACUUGCCGAACGGGAGAUGCAGCGAAUAAAUGUGGAGAAAAUUGCAAAAUCAUCAAAUUUCGCCAUAGAAGCCUUAGCGGGACUUGCCAGCAAAGAAGAUUUCAGUUCUUUCGCCUUAAAACGUUCAACGUCACUGAAUUCGACCUACCCUCCAUUCACAGACUUGAUGCUGCUCCAAGUUAAAGGCAGGCGUUUUGUACAGACAAGGUUAGUGGAGCCGAUCGCGGCGUCUAUCAACGAAGGGGAUUGUUACAUCUUGAUUACCUCGAACGCCAUUUACAACUACAUUGGGGCGUACGCCAACGUCAUCGAGCAGUCACGUAGCGCCGAUAUCGUGAAUAGCAUCCAACGUCACGGCGAUCUCGGCUGUAAAUGCGAUCAAAUCGUCACGAUUAACUCGAAGAAGAUCUCGAGCUGCAAGGAGGGCGAUCUCGAUAAGUUCUGGAAACUACUGGGAGCAAAUUCGGACGUUUGUGUCACUAAAGCGGGGCAUCCAGACGAAGACGAGAUCUACGAGACGUCAAUAUUGGGAACGAAUAUGAUUUACGAGUACAGGAAUAACGAAUUGAUACCUUUGGAUGUUUAUUGGGGCGCGAUGCCGAAGAUUGAAAUGUUAAGUCCGUUUAAAACGUUCGUCUUCGAUUUCGGUAGCGAAAUGUACGUGUGGAGCGGAAAAAGUGCCUUGCUCGAAGAGAAGAAGAAGGCAAUCAGGUUGGCCCGCGAGUUGUGGAACGAGGGUUACAAUUAUGCGGAUUGUGGGAUUAACCCUGUUAGCGUUUCUCUUAUCCUGGGCGCGCGGGAUUGUAAAACUGAAGCUUUGAGCGCCACUUUUCGGCCUAAAUGGACGUUGUUUGCUAAACUAACGCAGCAUAGAGAAACAGUAUUAUUUAAAGAGAAGUUCGUGGAUUGGCCGGACUACAGUCGGGUCAUUAGGGUGAAACAGGACGGUGACGAUAAACAAAUUGAGGCGAAGUUUGACUUUAAUCCAUGCGACAUCGAAGAAAUGCUCGUUGACAAAUACGUGGAGCCAGACUUGGUGGUUGACGGUCUGCAUUUGGGGCGCGGAAUUAGCUUUUAUGACGAAGAGUUGAAUCGUAUGUGCAAUUUUUCUACGCGUUCAGUUAGAACCUGGGUAAUUUUUGAUUAUUCUCACGAAGAACUCUCUAGUGAAUCGAUCGGUCAAUUCCAUGACGGUAAUAGCUACAUCGUUCGAUGGGAGUACUGCGUUAACACUACCGGCCGUGGUUUAAGCGGAAAACCUUCAAAACAUAUGCAGUCCGGCCGAGAUUUGUGCCUAUACUUCUGCUGGCAAGGUACCAACGCGACCGUUAACGAAAAAGGAGCCGCGGCGCUUCUCACCGUUCAGUUGGAUUCGGAAAACGCGAGACAAUUAAGAGUGAUGCAAGGCGCCGAACCUCCCGUAUUUCUCAACUUAUUCAAAGGCAACAUGGUUAUUCAUAGCGGAAAGCACGAGAAACCCCCCAGUCGCACACACCGUCUGUAUAUAUGCAGGGGGGAAAUAGAAUUAGAAAGCUUCCUAACUGAGGUACCUUGCAGCAUGCGGUCUCUCAGAAGCAGAUCGUGUUACAUCCUGGUCAGUUGUAAAACGGGCGAAGUUACCGUAUGGAACGGUAGUAAAAGUUCUAGUCAAACAUUGUCAGUCACCCGAAGGGUGGCGGAGAAAAUAAUCGAAAAUCUCCCGCGAGAAUUUCAAUUCUCGUCCAACUGCGACGCAUUCAGUUUAAAUAUGAUCGAAGAGAAUUCCGAGACUAAGGAGUUUUUGCAAGCUUUAGGAGGAGAGAAACGUCAGUUGUAUGUGUCUCUGUCCAAAAAUAAUGAAGUCUUCAAUUUCACCCCGAGAUUAUUCCACCUCACCAGUCUAUCGGGAAAAUUCGAAGGAAAAGAGCUGGCGUGCCCGCACCGAAGCAACCACAUUACCCCCUACCCUUACCUACAAAAUGACUUAUACUCCGUUAGUCAACCAGCUUUAUUCAUGUUGGACAAUAUGUAUGAAGUUUGGUUAUGGCAUGGCUGGUGGCCUGAGGUCGAAAGUGACAGCAUUCUCGCCGAUCAAACUGGUUCAGGCGCCAUUCGCUGGCAGGAAGAGCGCAAAGCUGCAAUGCAGACCGUAGUUAAUUACUGUAAGCGCGACGCGAAUGAAAAGAAAAUACCGGCGUAUUUGGUUUGGGCCGGCUUGGAACCACUCGCAUUUACUAAUCUUUUCCCAUUUUGGAGAGACUGCGACGAGGUGACCGAGCUAAAUAUGCAGGAUGGGCGAAAACCUGGAGAGAUCAUAGCUGUAGAAAAGGAACUGGCACUACUUACCAGAUCGUCCUACCCACUCGAGCAGCUUUUGCAGCGUCCCUUACCCGACGGCGUCGAUCCUACCCACCUAGAAAAUUAUUUGUCCGCCGAGGAGUUUUCGGAAUUAAUGUCCAUGACCUUGGACGAGUUUAAAAAACUUCCGACUUGGAAGCAGACGUCAGUAAAAAAAGAAAAAGGUCUAUUUUGACCUCUGUUUAUAUGUUUUUUUGAUUAUAUUUUGUGUUUUAAACGG